AUGGGUCUCUUCAGCGCCCUCCUCGAACCCCUGGAGCGGUUUACCGCGUCCCUCCCCUUCUGGCAGGUUGUCCUGUUGGGAUGCUUCGUCUUCAUCAUACUGUCCAUUCUCGUGAAUAUCAUACGUCAGCUGUUCUUCUACGACAAGCAUGCGCCUCCCGAAGUCUUCCAUGUUGUCCCUGUACUGGGCUCCGCCGUUACCUACGGCAUGGACCCGUUCAAAUUCUUCUUCGACUGCUACGAGAAAUAUGGAGAUGUCUUCACAUUUCAAUUGCUCGGAAGAAAAAUUACCGUCUGCUUGGGUACCAAGGGCAACGAGUUCAUUCUGAACGGCAAGUUGAAGGAUGUCAACGCGGAAGAAGUCUACUCCCCACUCACCACUCCCGUCUUUGGCAGCGAUGUCAUUUACGAUUGUCCAAAUGCAAAGCUUAUGGAGCAGAAGAAGAUGGUCAAAUUUGGCCUAACAACCGAAGCCUUCCGCAGCUAUGUUUCUCUCAUUUCUGCUGAGGUCAACGACUUUGUCGCCCACAACAAGCUCUUCCGUGGCCAAUCUGGCACCAUCGACAUCAGCAAGGCCAUGGCCGAGCUGACCAUCUAUACUGCUUCUCGCGCCCUGCAAGGUCAAGAAGUUCGUGACAAGUUUGACUCCUCCUUCGCCGACCUCUACCAUGACCUCGACAUGGGCUUUUCUCCCAUUAACUUUAUGCUCUCCUGGGCCCCUCUACCUCAGAACCGCGCUCGGGACCAUGCUCAGCGUACAAUGACCAGCCUGUACAUGGACAUCAUCAAAGAGCGCCGUGCCGCUGGUGGCAAACGCGAAGGCGAGGAAGACAUGCUCUGGAACCUCAUGGAUUGCAGCUACAAGGAUGGCACAAAAGUUCCCGACCACGAGGUUGCGCACAUGAUGAUCGCCCUACUUAUGGCUGGCCAGCACUCCUCAUCCUCCACCUCGUCUUGGAUCCUGCUUCGUCUCGCUACACGGCCCGACCUCCAGGAAGAGCUGCUCGAGGAGCAACGCCGCAUCCUCGGUGACGAUCUCCCACCACUCACCUACGAGAGUGUUCAGAAGCUCACUCUGAAUGCCAAAGUCGUUAAGGAGACCCUUCGUCUGCACGCUCCGAUCCACAGCAUCAUGCGCAAAGUCAAGAAUCCCCUCAACAUUAUCGCUGAAACUCCUACUUCAACAAAGGAAUAUCACAUUCCUGAGACCCACACACUAAUGUCCGCUCCCGGGUUCACCUCACGUCAAGAGACCUACUUCCCCUCGGCCCUCACUUGGGAACCGCACCGCUGGGAUGAAGGCCAUCCGCUCGCAUACACCCAGCUCGGCCUCGAGAAAGAGGAGCUAGAGGACUACGGGUACGGCAUGAUCAGCAAAGGUGCCAGCUCUCCGUAUCUACCUUUCGGAGCAGGUCGGCAUCGGUGCAUCGGCGAACAGUUUGCGUAUGUGCAGCUAGGCACAGUCCUGGCGAUGAUGGCGCGGCUUGUGCGAUUUGAGAACUUGCCAGGCAAGAAUGGCGUGGUUGAUACAGACUACUCGAGCUUGUUCUCAAGACCGAUGGCGCCUGCCACGGUGCGAUUUCGGAAGCUCGAGAAGACUUCGAACGGCAAUGGUCAUGCGAAUGGCCAUGUCAAGGCGUAA